GUCACAUUUUCAUUUUCAAAAAAUGAAUAAAUGAAAGGAAAAGUGUGAAUGUUUUGAACAAUUUUAAUUCUAUAACAGUGUUAAAGUUAAUUACGCCGUUGAUUAUUUAUCUAUCAAUCUACAUCACACACACACCCAAUGGAAGACAUGCAACCAAAGAAGACCUCCAACAUGGUUGUAGCCGUUGCCGAUUUUAUAACAAUACGUGAUUUAUUGAAAGAUUCUAAUCAAUAUUUUAAAAAUCGCAUUGAAUUGAAGUCCAACACAAGUACAUACGAAGACUAUGACCAUUUGGAAUAUCUGUCGGAACGGUGUACGAACGUGCAACGAUUGAUUAAUGAUUUUAUUGAAAAUGCAAAUGAUGCAAAACCGCAAACUGACAUUGGUGAAUCGGAAGAAAAUACAUCGUAUUUGGAUAUGAGCAUGCGAAAAUAUGAAAAUUUCGAAUUAACGCAACAAAAUGAAUGCUCAAAUCGUAACGAAUAUGUUGAUGUUACUGGUAAAGCAUCGAAAGAUUGUAAUGAUGAUGAUAAUAUCUAUGACAAUUACAUAGUCGAACGAAACGAUAAAGGUACCACGGUGCAUGCAGUUCAAGUCCUUGAUAUUGAUGACAAACAAGAUUGUCCAUUCAUUGGUUUACCGGCUGCACAUUUGACAAUUAUGCAUUCACCGAAAGUCGGAUGGCUCACGAUGCACUUGCGACGCAAACGAUUUAUCCAUCAUUUCAGCAUCAAUUUCAAGCGAAAAUAUUACACGGGUUUAGUGUCGAAACACAAUCCAGACUACGACUAUUAUGAAUGGUGGAUAUUAAUGUAUGCUGGAGGUACCAGUGAUCUAAAGCCCACAAUUUGUUUGCCAUUAAAUCAAUUUGAAGCAUGCGCUGAUAAUGCAAAGAUCACCACCACCACUACCGUCAAAACUAACGAAAAACAACCAAAUGAAAAUAAACGAAAUCCAUGCAAAUUCGAGCUGAAAGAAAAGAGCACGAAAAAAGAUGCCAAAUCGUAUUGUUUCAUUGCUGAAACACCAGAACAUUGUGAACACUGGACAAAUUUACUAAAACAAUUAAGUAAUGGAUUGCCGUACAUUGAAAAUUCAUUCACUGCCACAGCACAGAUUCGAAGAUUGCCAAUGCCACCGUUGAAUGCAAAAAAUACCGAUAACGAUCGCUUGACUGCAGACAUUGAUACUGUUGACACCACAAUGCAUCGUGCACAAUCGAAUAACAGAAUUGAGGACAAAAUUGAUACUUGCAACUAUAGCGAAGGUGUUUAUGAAGAACCCGAAGAAUAUUAUAAAAAUGUUCCAACAUCAACAUGCAAAAUUCCAAUGUUGCCAAUGAAAAAAGUACCAAUACAAUCGCAAACAUCAUUGACACAAAUUCAAAUGGAUGUUAUUUCAUCGAUUUACGAUACACCAAAAAAACCAGUUCGAAUAACCGACGAUACGAAACAACAUUACGAUCUAAUUAUCGUUCAAAAUGGCAGCGAAAAUGAAUCAAAAUCGACGACGGUUGAUGCAAUGCAUGAAUGUAAUCGUUUAAAAAUUGACAACGAAAUCCGUAAUAAAUUAUCGACGCAAUUAAAAGAGCAGUCACAGAAAUAUUUGUCAUCUUCGGGUCGUAGGACAAGUGAUGAUGAUGAUAUGACAAGAAAUUCAACAACAACGGAUGGCACACCCAAUAAAUAUCAACUAAGUACGAUGCGUAAAUGGCUCUUCUCCAAUCAUUUGGCCAAAUUAAGACAAUCAACCAAUCCAACAAAUUUUAUGCGCAAAUCGUCUGGAUGUACAAUAGAUACAGCAGAGAAGACACAACCGAAGCUCAAUCAACGCCAUAAAACAAGUGCAGUCUCAACAUCAACGGAUACACAAAAGCGAGCAUUUAGCAUUCAACCAAAGGGCAAAGUUCAUAUGAUUAUUAAUCAAUUAGAAGCAAAUGGUCAAUUAACAUUAUUAACAUCGUCCAACAAGUGCAGUACACCAAUGUCAGCUUAG